UCGUCUUUGAAACAAGUGCACGUCCUAUUUAUUCGCAUUAUGAUUAGCACAUGAUGAUGAACUAAUUAACUCGCUUUACAAUAUCCUAGUUUACGAUUAAUUAUCUCUUCGUUGAAUAUACACGCUAAUGGAAAACGAAGCAUCUCGAGUUGCAAUGCCGCCUCCUAACACAGGGACGCUGAUAACCAUUCUCACCAUCGAUGGGGGAGGAAUUAGAGGAAUCAUUCCAGGGGUUAUCCUUUCAUAUCUUGAAUCACAACUUCAGGAGUUGGACGGUAAAGAUGCAAGAAUCGCGGAUUAUUUUGACUUGAUUGCAGGAACAAGCACUGGUGGCCUUGUAACAGCAAUGUUAGCUGCACCAAACAAAGAUAAACGCCCUUUAUAUGCUGCCAAAGAUAUUACUCCGUUUUAUCUUGAGCACUCACCCAAAAUAUUUCCCCAGAUCGGUGGACCAUUAGCGGGGAUCAUAAAUCUAACCAAAGCAAUGGGAGGACCUAAAUAUGACGGGAAGAAUCUUCACAAACUUAUAAAAGGUAUCUUAGGAGGUACCAGGUUGCAUGAUACAUUAACUGCCGUCGUAAUUCCAACUUUUGACAUCCAGAAACUUCAGCCAGUUAUCUUCAGCUCAUAUGAGGCAAUCUUGAAACCUGAUUUGGAUGCAGAACUGGCGGACAUUUGCAUUAGUACCUCGGCAGCGCCAACUUUUCUACCUGCAUAUGGUUUCAAGAACAAGGAUGCUCAAGAUAAUGAACGAGAAUUCAACCUAAUUGAUGGUGGUGUCGCUGCUAAUAACCCAACUUUGGUCGCAAUUGGUGAGGUGACCAAGCAAAUAUUGAUGCAGCACGUAGACUUAUUCCCUAUUAAGCCAAUGGAUUAUGGUCGUUUUCUGGUAAUAUCACUUGGGACAGGCAAUGCAAAGAACGAGCACAAAUACAAUGCCCAAAUGGCUGCCAAGUGGGGAUUACUUAGCUGGCUAUUAAAUAACAACUCUACACCACUUAUAGAUGCUUUUAAUCAAGCAAGCGCUGAUAUGGUUGAUUUUCACAACUUUGUGGUUUUCAAAGCUCUUCACUCCGACGACAAGUACCUUCGUAUCCAGGAUGACACCUUGACGGGGAACUUGGCCUCAGUUGACAUAGCCACAAAGGAAAACUUACAAGGCCUCGUCAAGGUAGGAGAACAUCUGCUGGAAAAACCAGUUUCAAAGAUUAACUUGGACAAAGGAGUUUAUGAAGCAGUUGAAAAUGGAGGAACCAACAAGGAAGCUCUUCAGAGGUUUGCAAAGAUACUAUCGGACGAGAGAAAAUUACGCGAGUCCAAAGCCAGUAGCCGGUUGGUAUAGAAUGCCAUUGUACUGUCAUCCUGUUUAUUGCUACAGUCCACAGCGUGAAUAUCUUAUGUAUUUCAGUUCAAUAACGUUCUUACUGUGCCAUUCCUUCUGUUCCUUGGUGGAAUUAAAGCUUACAUUCCUUUAGUAGCAUAUCAUUCUACAUCAGCCAAUAUCGCAAGAGGGCAAUCCUACAAAUACAUGUGUCAUCAUUUAUUUACUUGAAUUUUAAUACCUAUGUUUCUCCUCAAUUCGGGAACUAUU